AUGAACAUCUUCGUCUCGGAGAAGCAAGCUCGGGCUGUCCCAGCGCGGCUGCUGAUGGAGAACGAGACAGUAUCGGAGUACGACCUGGAGCUGGAGAGGGCCUUGUACGGGAAUGAGAACUUUGGGAUGGUCAAUCACUACCUGCGACCUUCUACUGGGCAGCGGGCGCAUCUGUACGUAUCGGACGCGACAUGCAGGAUACUAGGGCUGCAUGCGGAAGAGGCUCUAGCGAGGUUAGCGAGCAGGGAGCUGUCACUGGUUACCACAGAGUUUAACUCCUUCUGCUACGUGAUGUUCGGGACCUGGUUCUUUGCGACGAGACCUGGACGUCCGCUGAGUCUAGUUGGCUGUAUCCGAGAUCUUGGGAGCAAGGGAGAGAAAGGUGGCGUGAUGGCAAGAUAUGUACAGCAGCCGGAGUUCGACUGUCACGGGCGGUUGAGGUCGAUGAAGACUUUCAUGUUUCCGCUUGACAAGAAAAGUUACGAGUCAUUGCUGGAGAAUCCGCAUGAUCCAUUCUCGACUUUCAACCAUCACAUCAGUGGUGGAAGGGACUACGACACGUGGAUGAACGAUUUCGAGUCCGACGUGUUCGCGGGGGAGACAAUCUUGGGGAUGCAGAAGUCGAAGCAGGGGAUGGAGCGUCUGGAGGAGCUUGGGAGGGAGUUGGAGCGAAUGUACCAGCCGUUUGUAGAGCAUGCAGAGAAGAUCCUGCUGGAGAAGAUGCCCGGGGGCCUGAAGGUUGCUGGACCUCACAGUGACCUGCUCUCAGCGGUAGCAACAAUGAACGAUGGAAGGAGAGGGCGGGAGCAGGAAGGAGUCAGGUAA